GUGGUGACGAAGGGCAGGAAGUCUCGCGCGGUCCGGAUCGCCCAUGCUGCCUUGGUGCACUAUGGCUAUCUGGAUGCACCAGGAGAUUGCAGCGUGGAGGAGUUUUGCGGAAGCGCUGCGCCGGAGAUCUGCGAGGAUGCUUCGCCAAGGGUUGCUGCAUCCAGAGCCUCCUUGCUGAGCAGAGCUGGUCGCAUGCUGACGGCGGUGAAGGGGAGGAUGCCGUUGAUGCGUGUGCCCAGGGUACGGCACAUGGUGUCCAAGGCUUUUCGGAGCUCUCAGCCAUCCGAGGCAGUGUCAAAAGUGCCACUGCGGCGGGAGAGCGAAUCCCAAAGCUGCGACGCCGGCCAUUCUCUUGCCCAGGCCCUUGACUUUGUGCUAGACGGGGAUGCGGAAGCAGAAGCAGAAGUGACGGGGGUGCUUCCGAAAGCAACGAACAUGCUCCCGGGCCUUGUGGUAUCCAACUCCUCGGAAGCAGGGAAAAACCCGGGAGACUGCUCCUCGACCAUCAUCGCGGACUCCGAGAAUAACGACAAGAAGCGCGAGAGAGUGACUUGUGCCAGUAUUGUGCUUGACUUUCCGGUUUCGUCGGCAGGCAAGGCUGCUGACGAUCAUGAUCUUCUCCUGGAGGAAGACGGCCAGGACGGUGCAUCAUCGGAUCCGCCAACAGACGGUGCAAAAUUACCUCAUCCACCGACAGACCGCGAAGUCUUGUCCAGUCGGCAGUGCGACUUGCGCCGGUUCAGCAAACACGUCAGCGAGUCGCCCGACGAGUCGCGAGAGGUGCCUCAAGAAGCAGAUGCUUUUGAGUUUGCGCCUGUGCUCAGUGAUGAGCUCGAGUGA